GCACUACAACUCUCACGUCUCUUGAUCCAUCCAUCCCAGAGUGCUUCAUUCCGGCCUGCGUUUCUUGCUCUCUUCAAAAGGUGCCCCGAGCUCCAAAUGCUAUCGGAAAUAUAGGCUUUUCAAUUGCUGACGCGAUAUUUAUCGCCCCGCCAUAUUUAUUCUUUGCGACUCUUGUUUUUAUUUCUUCCAACGCUCUCAACUUUCCCAAUUCUCAACGCCGCUGUAAUCCGCCGGUCGAGUUAGUUCGCAACCGUCCACCAUGGCGCCAGCAAGCGCAAUCCCCCCAGCCCUCCCCCCAACGGUAGAGGAGGCCUACCGCAGAAAAUGCAACAAGCUCCGCCAGCGCACCAACGAAGUCGAAAAGGCCAACGACGCCUCUAGAGUCCGCAUCAACCGCCUGAAGCGCCAGAUCGAGAAGCUCCGCCUCGAGCGCGUCUUUCUGUUCGAGCAACUCGCCAAGCGGACGAGCACAAACGUGGAGGACUCUGACGGCAGCCCGAGCCCACCACCGACUCCCAAGGAGAAGCCGCUGAGACUGAAGCGAGGCCAUAGAAAGGCGAGCAUUUUGCCUGUUGAUGGGAGUGGGAGCCAGGCGGGGGGUAGUCAGGCUGGUGGGAAUGGGGUUGGGUCGUCGUCUUUGCCAGCGAGCCAGUUUAUUAGCCAGAAUCCUGGGGGUGCGAGUCACUCGCCGAGUGGGAGUGAUGCUUUUUCGUUGGCGAAUAGGGGGGGGGCGAACGGGGUGCAUCAUCAGGAGCCGCCUAAGAAGCCGGGGAAUGCGUUUGAGCUUUAUUGUAAUGAGAGGAACACGGCUGCUUCUGCUGAUGUUGCUACUGACGAUAAGGCCGAGCAGGAGGAGUCAAGGCGGGAGGUGGACGAUGAUGAGCUUGCUCGGGGGUGGAAAGAUCUGAGCGAGACGCAACGUGGGGAGUUUGAGACGAGGGCGGGGGAGAAUAUGGCUCAGUAUGAGAAGGAGAGGGGGGAGUAUGAUGCUGCCACUGCUGCUGCUGAGGCGAAGAGGCAGAAGGAGAGCGAGGAGGCGGAGGAGAAGGGGAAGGAGAAUGGUACGGAAAAUGCUACGGAGGAGGAGCAAAAGGAUGACCAAGGGGAUGUGGAGAUGGGGGAGUACGAUACUGAUCAGGAGACGCAGCCUAAUCCGGAGGAUGAUUAGAGUGUCCCUGCUGCAAAGGCUGAGGAAGAACCACUGAGAAAAAGCAGUAUACCCGUUUUGCGCAGCGGGGGGGAGGAGCAACAUAUGGAACAAGAGACGCAGGCUAACCCGGUGGUGAUGGAAGAGGAGGAAGAGGAGGACGAGUAGGUGGAGGAAGGAUGGUUCACCCUUCCACUUUAAGUACAGACGUGUGUUUUACCCGCCCAAUGGGUGAGGCAGUUGCUUGGUGCCUUCGUCGUUCUAACCUUGUGUUUUUUUUUCUCGCAUUCUAUGGGUCUGGGAGCGACAAGGGAAAUACAGAAUGGUCGGGGAGCAGGUUCGUGUUGACUGACCACGGAGAAAAGAGGGUGGUGUUGAGGCGUACAUUAUUUGGCGACUAGGUUUUUUUCUUCGAUUAUGGUUUUGCUUCUUCUUUGCGUUACUGUAGCUACUAGAUAUUCCUUGAACAAGGUCCAACCGUUUGUAAGUCUUGUUUGAGAACAGCCAUUGAAAAAGCUUGAUAGACUCUAUGGGAACGUUCAUUUUAACCACCUUG